ACCGAACAUAUUUUACUGACGCCUGCAGCGGUUCGUGGAUAUGGGCGGCAAAGGUGGAAAGAAAGGCCAUGGUGGUGCCAAGGGCAAAAGCUGGGAAGAUGCAGGCUUUGCGAAGGGUGGCAAAGCAUUCGAUGAUGGGGGAUACGGAGGCCAUAGAAGCAAAGGCAAGGAAGGCAAGGGUGGCAAAGUAAGAGAACAACAGUCUGGAUGGGGAGAUGCGUCGCAUGCCCAUGCAGCCCCUGCAGCACUUGCUGGGCAACUGGAACCUGGCCAGCCCAAGGCGGUUCCACUAUACCCAGCAGGUGAGGGCAGUCAAGCCGCUCCCAAAGCGCCGAGCUUCAAAGAACUCCCAGCCUGGAGUGCUGCACCAGCGGUGCGGGAAGCACUCAGGCGCUCGCAAGUGAUUUGCAUCCAGGGCGAGACUGGCUGUGGCAAGUCGUCAGUGAUGCCAAUGGUGUUCCUUGAGGACACCAAGAGCAAAAUUGCUGUAACCCAGCCCCGGCGGAUUGCCGCCAUCUCCUUGGCACAACGAGUUGCCUCGCAACUGGAUGAGCCUGUCGGCCAGACAGUAGGCUAUCGAGUGGCCAUGGAUGGUCAGGUCUCUACCUCAACGCGUUUAUCCUUUGUCACCACAGGUUGGCUGCUGAUGUACUUGGCUCAUCGGCCUGAGGCCUUGCGUCACUACACCCACAUUGUGCUCGAUGAGAUCCACGAGAGAGAUCUCGAUAUGGAUCUGUUGUGCCUUCUGCUCAAGCGGUCUUUGCAAAAGAAUCCUGCGCUGCGGUUGGUCUUGAUGUCCGCGACAGUUGACGCGACUCAGUUCUUAGACUACUUCGGCGGGCCAGGAGUGAACAUCGAGCGUCAACCCAUUGUGGUGGGUUCCCGACGGUUCCCUACGUACCCUUAUUAUUUGGACGACUUGGUGAAUGGGGCGUUGCCGGGUGUCUCCUCGCGUGCUCGCAUGGAUCGGUUUGAGAAGGGAGGGCGUGUAGAAGUGAAUCCGCAGCUCUUCGAUACUUGUGUGAGUGUCGUAGAGGCAGUUGCAAAACCAGGGCUUUGUGUGCUGAUAUUUUUGCCAGGCCUUGCAGAGAUCGAACAGUUGCAUGAGGCCUUUCACAGUCGGAAGGGCAGAUGCCCGCUGGAUUACCACAUGUUACAUUCAGUGGUCCCCCAUGAACAGCAAAAGCGCGCCCUUCUUCCACCUCCAGCUGGGCAUUGCAAGGUGGUGCUUUCAACUAACAUCGCAGAGUCAUCAAUCACUAUCCCGGAUGUUCGGUACGUUUUGGACUUCGGAAUUGUGCGGAAGAUGGUUUUCGAUGAAGAGCGGGCCAUGCAGUGCGUCGGGACAUACUUCGCACGCAGGGUCACAUUGUGGUCGCGUAAGAAAAGUGUAAGCAGGAGCCUUUGCAACACAUGGAGUUCCCAGGCUACCUGCCGGCAGCGGCGUGGCCGUUGUGGUCGAUUGCAAGAAGGUGUCAUCAUUUACCUCUUUCCUCGAAGCCACUAUGAGCGAUUGCAGCCUUAUGCCUCCCCUGAGGUGCUCGGCGUCCCGCUGGAGUCAAUUUACCUGAAGAGCCGUGUGCUGCUGCAUCACUUGGGGACUCCAGAGCAGCUUUUGGGGCAGCUCAUUGACUCACCGCCACAGCAGCGCAUUGAAACUGCAGCCCAGAAUCUACGUGACUUGGGUGCCUUGAAGGGCGAGCAGGUUGCAUCUUUGGGCCGAAUUGCAGUCUUCAUGCCCACCACGAUUCAGCUCACCAAGUUGAUAGUUCUCAGCUGGGCGCUGGGCAUCCCAGCAGACGGCAUCGUCAUUGCCGCAGCGCUCAGCACCCAGGAUGUUUUCAAAAUGGCGGCCCCCGCUAAUUGCCGCAACCUUGAGGACUUUCCUGCCCAUCUCUCGCACAACUACAUCACCCGAGCCCGCUUUGAUGCGGGGCAGUUCUCGGAACCCAUCAUGUAUCGCAACUUGUACAAAGAGUACCUGCAAGUGCCGAAAAGUAAUGCUCGGCAAUACCACCAGUGGUUGGAUGAAUGCUGCGUGUCUGUAAGUCGCAUGAGCCAGUUCGCUGCCCUGGUUGUAGAGCUCGCCGCGAAGCUUGGGGCAGCGGUGCCCAGCGCGAAGGCUCAUCCGGCCCUCAAGAGCUUGGCCGCUCUCAAGAGGUCCCAGCAGCUCCCCCCAGCAGAGGUGGAGAAAUUGUUCACCAAGGAUCACGAACGAUUGAAGUUCGCCAUUGUUGGAGCCUUUCAGCCGUCCUUUGUUCAAGGUGAGAUCAACACUCAGAACAAAAACAAGGGAAAGAUCAACAACUGUGGCUUUGACCCCAUGCGGACAUGCCUGCUGCAGCAGAUCAAACCACCUGAAAUGGCAGACGUGAACAACCUGUGGGAGUUCUGCAACAGCCUGGCACCCACCAGUGAUGUGAAACUCAAUGACACUGGCAAGGUUGCUUUCAUCGAAUGUGGAGAUGAUAGCAAAGUGAGAGUUCCUCCAAGCGAAGUGGUCCAUCAGAUGCCAUUGGUUGCACAAUUGCUGCAUCAGCUAAUGAGACAGCCCUGCAAAUUCAAGGUGCUAACGGAUCAGGGCAUUUGGCACGAUGCAAACAAGAUUGGCUCACCCAACUUCUUGAACGGCAUGAAGUGGCAUGUGAAUGGCAUGCGGACCAUGGGCUCGCCAUACUGGCGAUCCAACAUGGGCUACAUGUGCGAGAUGCGGGGUGAAUUGAAGUGUCACUGGGGCGUGUGCUCCUCUCUCCUGGGUCGGGAAGGUCCGGAUCAGGUGCGUAUCACCGGCUUGACCAUCCUACCACCACCCGGAUCCAUGUCCGGCACAGUCAUGAUCCUGGCGUUCCUGAAUGGACCUUUCAAGGUUGUCUUCUUGGGCGACCCUGUUGCUGGCUUCCAUGGGGUGCAAGUGACGGCCGCAGAUCAAACCAAUGC